CUGACAGCCGCUGCUGAACGAAAGAUGCCAUUUGAGACGACGUUUAUCACGCCGUACAUCGGCCCCAAUGUUUUAUAAAGACUGAGUUGUCCAAAUUGCGCAAUACUUUCGGACCAAUAGCAGCAUCGUGCAAUGACAUGGCGGUUGGUGGUGUCGGCGUGGUCAUGCCGCAUUGCCUAUGCACAGCACUGGCACCUUUGUUGUUUUUUUUUUCUAGAAUAACGAGUAGAGUGACUCGCUGCGGUGACCCGCAGAACUAAAAUGGUCGUACUUAAAGCAUAACCGUGAGGUCGGACGCGAUUUUCGAUGAUGACCAGUACCUAGGAGCAUGGGCGAGCAAUCAUCAACGACGGGACCGACGUGGACGAACAUAAGCAGGUCUGGGCAUCUGCCAGUUUGGUGCGCUACUAUGGCAAUUUCACGAUGCGUAUGGGUGGCACUGGCCACCUUGAGCCUGUCGACAGCAUCCGCUGAAGAACACUGCAGCGUUUCGACCGAGACUCUCGAGCGAGCAUCGAAGAAGCUCAUCAAUGCUCUUCCAGAAAUCUUUCCCUUCCCUGGUGAUGCAGAAGCGCCGGUUUUACCAGGUCUUUUUGCUGGUCCAACUUCUUUGCUUGGCUUGAAGUAUCUACGUGUCCUAAAGCCGUUCCAAGUGUACUGCGAUCAAAGCAGAUUUGGUGAAGCCAAGACGAUGGUCAGGGUUGACUUCACCACGGACACAGGACUAGCUCUAAAUAUUCCCUGGCGUUACUGCGGCGGAAAAUCUGGAUAUGCUAAGCUUGAUCUCCGUAAGACAAGGUUUACCAUCAUUUUCGAGGUUGUCAGCAGCGCCGACGAAGAAGAGGUGACCCUUCGUGCCGUAGAAUUGCAUCCUGUGUGGAUGGAGGACAUUGGUCUUCACCUAGAAGGGCUUGGAUCCCUCGGUGUGAAAGCAGGCGUGGCGUUCAGCAAGGUUUUGCCAAAAAUUCUGCGUGAUCUGUGGGUAAACAUCCUGCCCACAUUCCUAACCAGGAUUAUGCAGGACACCGUUCGACGCAUAUAGACGAUUCAACAGAUUUGUCUUUGGCAUCGCCAUACUGUAAGCCUAAAUAAAGGUG